AAAAUAAAUUACGGAGUACUCAUUACUAACAAAUUGUAAGUGUUGGCAACAAUGACCUUCGUCCCGUGCGUUAAAAGUGUAAGCCCGUGCAGUUGGCUCAAUAUCUAACGAAUCUGCAAAGUUUUAAUCUUUCAAUUCUGCUUCUACACCGUCGACUAUGGCUGCCAAUUUCUGGACUUCAACUCACUACAAACAAUUGUUGGACCAAGAAGAAGUAGAUGUUGUCCAGCAACUUGAUAGAGAUCGUGGGAUUACCCUUGAAGAUUUCAAGCUCGUUAAGAUGCACAUCUCCAAUUAUAUUACAAGGAUGGCUCAUCUUGUGAAAGUAAGGCAAAGGGUUGUUGCUACUGCCAUUACAUAUAUGAGACGUGUUUAUAUCAGAAAGAGUUUGACAGAAUUUGAUCCACGCCUAGUUGCCCUAACUUCCUUGUAUUUGGCUGCAAAAGCAGAAGAAAGUACUGUACAAGCUAGACUCCUGGUAUUUUACAUCAAAAAAAUAUAUCCGGAUGAUAUCAGAUACCGAUUUGAUAUCAAGGAUAUCCUUGAAAUGGAAAUGAAGAUCUUAGAAGCCCUGAACUACUAUUUAGUUGUAUUUCAUCCUUAUCGUUCUCUAACUCAAUUUCUCCAAGAUGCUGGUAUGAUGGACCUAAUGCAGUUCACUUGGGGAAUCGUCAAUGACACAUAUAAGAUGGAUCUUAUUCUUAUUCAUCCUCCACAUUUGAUUGCAUUGGCUUGCAUAUACAUAGCUAGUGUGUCGAAAGAUAAAGAUAGUGUCGCUUGGUUUGAAGAGCUUCGAGUUGACAUGAAUGUGGUGAAGAACAUCUCAAUGGAUAUACUAGAUUUUUAUGACGGCAUGAAGAAUAACAUCGAAGAAAGGGUCAACGUAAUUUUUAGCAAGCUUCCUUCGAGAUCAUAAUGGUUCAGUCAGAUCAGUGAUGCCCAGAAUAGCUUUGUUUAUACUGAUUCAACUGUAGUUUGUGUAGAUUGAUAGAAAUCACCUGUUAUCUCUAAGAUGAGGCUCUUGUGUGUAGAAUUCCUUCAAGGAGAUAACAAAUUCUUUUGGUUUUUCUGGAUAACAUCCAGUGGCCAACAUACUACUGUGUAGUACUCUAUCUCCUGAAUUUGGUUAAUAUAUUGCCAUGUUAACAACAUGAACUAUUGAAGGUUGUAAUCUUUUCUUUGCCAA